AUGGCGAAAAGGCACAGUCAUUAUCAAGGAAGCAGAAGUAGGCAUGCACGUGGUAGUAAUUCAAAGAAAGGUUGUAAGGGGAAAGGUAAGGGUCCAAUGGGAAGAAAAGUUAAAAAACAGUCUGCUUCCACGAGCGGUUGGCACAACUCAUCUAUACCAUUAGGAGAAGGUGACUUCCGUGAUGUAGGUACAGAUUUCAAUCCAGGGAAAUCAUUCAUAUCGCCGAAGACUAUAGAAGAUUAUUAUUUUGGUCAUAAUGCGAAGAGUCGCUCUAUGAGAAUGGGCGGUUUAAGACCUGGCAAUCGAUAUGAAUCUUCAACUGAUCUACAAGCAGGAAGAGCAGCUUUCCGUAAAAGGCCUAUGCAAUUUGUUAAAGCUAAAGAAGUUUAUGAUCCAUCCCAUGAUAUGAUUCAAAAACUACGAGAAAAGAACCUCGUAGUAAGUCGUGAAAAUAUCCUUGGAAUAGAAGCAGAAGUUAGUGAAGAGCCGACAAAUGCGAUUCAUAAUGUUCAAAAUAUUAGUAGUGAGGAGGACGAAAGGGAAAAUGAUAAUAGUGAUAUCUUGGUGUCGUGCCCCAACCCACCUUCUUACGAUGGAGACAAGAUCAAUGACAGUAAGCUAUUUUUUGUAGAUGAAGAGGCAGAACAGGGACUUGAUUUAAACAAAAUAAAAAGAGUCCGUGUUGAGGAGGUUCGAAGACCUACGGAAGUUGCUAUAGAGUUCAGUCCUAUCUUAACAAUUGGAAAGGUUGAGCUUAAUGUGUCAGAAGGUGACGAAAGCGAGGAUAUUGGUGUUAGCAUUCCAAAUAAAGGUAAUGGGGUGUAUCACCCUUUUGCUGAUUAUAUUUCAGGUGUGAUGCAUGGUAUAGAUGAUAGUGAUUCUGACUGUGAGUUAGAAUAUGAAAUAGAAACAGAAGAUAGCAACGAUGCGCUAUACGAACAUUCAGAAAAUGGUGAGCUUGAAGGUAAGCGUAAUUUUAUUAAACAGCGUCCCAAUGACCCAAUUGAUAGUAAUCUUUUACCAAGUCCCAGUCCACAAUUAAUGGAGGAUAUAAAAUCUCUAUCAAUAGAUAAUACCAAACCAUCCAAUGGUCAAAAUGAUAAUUUUCCAUCACCUAUUAGUGAAGAGUUAGAUUUCGGAUACAAGGAAGAAGAUUAUGCCGUAAAUACCAACGAUAUAGUGGUCACCAAUAUAAGAAUGGGUGGAACAGAUAAUUCAUAUUAUUUACAGUGCUACAGAUUAUUAGGGGAUUAUGAUUUUCAUUGGAUUGAUCAAGACUUACUUUCUGAUUUUGUCAUAGGCGAGUUAGGUCUCCCCGAGUACAGAUUACCUGCUUAUUUGAAUUUUGUUAAGAAUUCUCUUGUGCCAAAAGUUCAAACGCCUGAGCCAACUUACUCAGAUAUUCCAAUUUCUGAUUCUAGUGAUGAAGAGGGUAGGUACGAAGAUGAUGAGGACAUUGACUCUUCAAUUGUGCAUAGUGACAUGGAGGAGGGCCUGGAUGAUCUCAUUGCAUACACGUUGAAACAUGAUACAGAUAGAUUCAAAACCUUUGAGACUAAGUCCUUAGAAACUCAAGGCAAAGGUAAGAAAAAGAAGCUACUAAUAAAUGAGGCCUUAGCGUUGGAUACAGAAACACUGGUGACAUUGCAAAGCAAGUUUAGUAAACGCUUGGAAACAAAAGCAAAGAAGAGAAAAGCCAAGGAAGAUUUCAUUGAUCAAGAGAAUAAAAACUCCAAUGAUAUGCUUAAGAAGUACCCGUAUGGCCUCCAUAUUCAGAAUAUCAAGGAUGAAUUAGAGUGCUUCAUGUCUAGGAAGAAAGAUAAACUUACUUUUCCUCCGUUAGACCCCCAUGGCAACAAAACUCUGAUGAAACUUGCUAAGUACUAUAACUUGAAGAGCUCAAAAAUUGGAAAAGCUAACCAUACAUCGGUGGUAGUGGAGAAAAUAAAGAAAACAAAAUGGUCUACUCCUAAUUACAACCUCAUUGAUCAAUUAUUGAAACAGAGACCAGUAUUCAUGAGAAUAGAUGUGAAGAGACCAAGGGAGGAGCAAACAGUGUUCGAAAGAACGAAAACAAUUAGGGGAAAGUUUCACGUUAAAGAGGGUGAAAUUGUCGGUCAACAUGCUCCAGAAAUUGGAAAUGAGAAUAUUGGUAGAAGGAUGUUGGAAAAGCUUGGAUGGAAAAGCGGUGAAGGCCUUGGUAUUCAAGGUAAUAAAGGAAUAAGUGAGCCAAUUUUCGCUAAGAUUAAGAAAAAUAGAUCAGGUUUGAGACAUAGCGAGAGCUAA